AUGGCUUGGAGGCCAUCAGCAACCGUCAACAUGCGGGCUGCCCUCUUCCACAAAUCUCGAAUCGCCACUGUCCCUUUCUACGCGGGCGAGCCGGCAGGGCCCAGCGUCAAGACGGCCAUUCCUGGCCCGCGGAGCAAGGAGUUGGCCAAGGACCUGGACACGGUCUUUGACACGCGGGCGCUGAACAUGUUGACGGACUACAGCCGGAGCUCCGGGAACUACAUUGCGGAUGCGGAUGGCAACAUGCUGCUUGAUGUAUACGCCCAGAUCGCCUCGAUCCCUGUGGGCUAUAACAACCCAGCUCUCGCCAAAGCUGCCUCCAGCCCUGAGAUGGUCAGCGCAAUCAUCAACCGCCCGGCGCUCGGCAACUUUCCUCCCCACGACUGGGCCGACGUGCUCCGCUCGGGCAUCCUCAAGGCGGCGCCAAAGGGCCUGGACAAUGUGUUCACGGCCAUGGCUGGCUCGGAUGCCAACGAGACCGCAUUCAAGGCGGCCUUUAUGUACCGGCGCCAGCUUGAGCGUGGAGGCCGCGAUGUCGAAUUCACCCCCGAGGAGAUUGAGAGUGUCAUGAGCAACAAGGGACCAGGUGCCUCGCAGCUUUCCAUCCUGUCCUUCAAGACGGGCUUCCACGGCCGUCUCUUCGGCUCCCUCUCGACGACUCGUUCCAAGCCCAUCCACAAACUCGACAUUCCCGCCUUCGAUUGGCCUCAAGCAACCUUCCCUCAACUCAAGUAUCCCCUUGAGGAGCAUGCAGCCGAGAACGCUGCUGCCGAGCAGGUCUCCAUCGACGAGGUGGAGCACUUGAUCAAGUCCUGGCAUCUGCCUCCUGCAGCUAUCAUCGUAGAGCCCAUCCAGUCAGAGGGAGGCGACAACCACGCAUCGCCAGACUUCUUCCGCAAGCUGCGCGAGGUGACGCGCCGCCACGGCGUGCUGAUGAUCGUCGACGAGGUGCAGACUGGUAUCGGCGCCACGGGACGCUUCUGGGCACACGACCACUGGAAUCUCCAGGACCCGCCUGAUAUGGUCACCUUCUCUAAGAAGGCGCAGGCUGCGGGUUACUACUAUCGUAUGCCGGAGCUGCGGCCCAACAAGCCCUACCGUCAGUUCAAUACGUGGAUGGGCGACCCAGCGCGCGCGCUGCUCUUCCGCGCCAUCGUCGAUGAGAUUGAGAGGCUCGAUCUCGUCAACAACACGGCGAACGUGGGUGCCUAUCUUUAUGGCCAGCUGGAGCAGCUGUCAAAAGUGCAUCCCGACCAUUUCCAGAACCUCAGGGGUAAGGGCCAGGGCACAUUCAUCGCUUUUGAUACGCCCAAGAGAGACGAGUUCCUGGUCAAGGCCAAGUCUCUUGGAGUCAACAUUGGAGGCAGUGGCGCCACCGCCGUUCGGUUGAGGCCUAUGUUGAUACUGCGCGAGAGCCAUGCCGACAUCUUGGUGGACGUGCUCGAUAAGAUUGCGAGGUCAUUCUAA